CACGCUCUCUACCUUGUCCUUUCUCGCAUUUUCCUUUCCCUAUCCGACAAUAUCUCUCAUUUCCGUCGUUCCUUUCUUGCCGUCGGAAUACAUUGGCUACCCGGCUCAAUGACCCUUAUCCCGUUCGAUUAGGGCCAGCUCUGUACGGUCGAGCGUGCCGUCCACUAUCUGCUGUUUCUGUUACAUUCUUGGCCUUGUGUGCGUGCCACAGACUGUGGUUGGGAACAUACCGUUAUUUCUUCAACCUUGCCGACAUCCAACUUGCACUCUUUUGCUCUUUAUAUCCACUGUCUUUGCGUAUGAAACCAAAGUACGGAGAUCCGGGGACGACUGCCUCCUCCAUUAUGGCCGACUUAAUUGCUUUCCAUACUUACCCGCAUCCCACCUUCCUCUCGCCACCCAGCAUGGUGCGCCGUCGAUCUGCCUCUCCCGACAAGACUGUGACGAAAGCAAAGUCCACCAACGAUCUUUCUGGUGCUACGGCUGACCGUCCCUCUCUACAUUUCUCCCCGUCCUCAUUUCCUGAGAGUGACUUCAGCACCCUCAAGGACCCCAGACUCAAUGGAAAUGCCAACUCGGAUUUGACACGCACAACAUCCGCACCACCGCAACAUCCAGACCUAAGCAAUGAGGUGACUACUUUGAGUGCAAAACUCAUUCAAGCAAUUAAUAAUCAGACUACCCUUGACGAUACCCUUGUUGCGACCCGGCAAGAAUUGGAGAAUGCCCAAAAGAGAAUCCAAAGCCUUGAAGCGGAAAAUAUAAAAUACCGAAAGAAUAUUGACGAUGGAAUCUAUAUCAAGAAGACCGAUGCGGUACAGGAGAUAGAGAAAUUGAAAGCGGCCCUUGCUCAGGAGAAGGCCCAACGAGCUCUUGUCGAGCAAGGCAAGAAGACUAUCGAACAAGAGCUUGAGAGUCUCACUGCAGCCCUUUUUGAGGAAGCGAAUAAGAUGGUGGCGGCUGCUAAAAUCGAACGUGAUGCGGUCGAGAAGAAGAAUGAACAACUCCGGGCACAGAUCAAAGAUACGGAGUCGCUACUCGCGUCACAUCAAGAACAGCUGUCAGAGUUGAAAACUGUUAUGCAGGGCAUGAGUCCUGUCAAGGACGACUCUGAUAACCGCACCGUUUUCUCGGUCCCAGCUUCUCCAGCUGGUCCUCAGCCGCCGCUGAUUGUUAAAAACACGACUGAAGUACUAAAUACCCAGGAUGUGGCUUCAGACAUUGAGGAACUCAGCUCAGGACCCUCAACAAGCUUUUCGAACUUAAUCAAGACGGUCUGUCGAACAGACCUGCAAGCGUACAGCGAAUUUCGGGAUAUGCUGACCCAGUCGAAGAGUUCGAAACCCCCUAGUCGCUCUACUAGUGGGUCAUAUUCUGGUCUCAACGUGAUAGGUGGUCUUGCCAGUUUGGCUGGCAACAGUAAUGGUGGGUCUGGAUCGGUGUCUCCGUCACCUGUGAAGUCUCAGCAGACGUCUGCGGCCAGUAAUCCGUCUUCACCGUCACAUAGUGGCUUGCAUAUUCCUCUGAAGGAGACACGUUUCUACAAGCGUGUUCUCAUGGAAGAUAUAGAGCCCACUUUGCGACUAGACGCUUCCCCUGGCAUCUCAUGGCUCGCUCGUCGCACUAUUAUGAGCGCUAUCUGUGAUGGCAGUCUGGUGGUUGAACCAAUGCCGUCUGCCUCGAAGAAAUGGGCUUUCCCUUGCUCACUUUGUGGCGAGCGCAGAGAUGAUAUUGAUCACGAGAGGACUCAUCGCUUCCGAACUUCGGAUAAUGAGACGGCCCAGCGAUAUCCUUUGUGCGGUCUUUGCCUAGAGAAACUGCGGUCAUGCUGUGAAUUUGCUGGCUAUCUCCGUCUUAUCCUCGACGGCCAUGUCCGUAUCGGUGAUGUCGAAGACGAGAAGGAUGCCUGGGAAGAAACAGUUCGCUUGAGAGAAAGGAUAUUUUGGUCCAGGGUCGGUGCAGGUGUCGUUCCCAUCUUCGCCUUAACGAAUACCUCGGAAAGGAGCUUGCCACCCUCGGACAGUGCGUCUCAGAACACAUAUCCCCCCGAGAAUAAUUGCGAGAAUGAUGACCAGUAG